UGGAAUUUCAGUUGGCGAGUCGGACAGUUUAAAUCGGAGUCGCCGAUCGCGUUGUUGUGCGUCGCGCGCGCGAGUUCUCGUCCCGGCAUCUUCGCCCUCUCGUCCACGCUACGAGCGUUUUUACCUCUCACGUCGCGGCCGUCGAGUACCGUCGUUAACAUGGGGUGCGGAAUGGGAGUGGUCAAGUACCUGCUCUUCAUAUUUAAUUUCAUCUUCGUGCUAUGUGGCCUGGCCAUCCUGGUUCUCGGCGUUUUAGUGCAAGUAGGAAAAUCACAUUACUCCAAACACCUGGACGAAAUCACUAGUAAUCUGACGUUCCCGGCGGUCACGUUGAUCGUCAUCGGCAGCAUCAUCUUUGUCAUCGCUUUCCUAGGAUGCUGCGGUGCGAUUCGCGAGAGUCACUGUAUGAUGGUCACGUUUGCAUGUUUGCUGCUGACGAUCCUGAUCAUACAAGUGGCUGUCUCAAUCUACGUGUUCGUCACAGUGAAGAACUCUGGCGAGAUUAGUUUUAAGGACGCGUACGUGGUCAACCUCUUCAACAAGUACAAGGACCAUCAGGAGGAGAGAGACCUCGUGGAUACCAUACAAGAUGGAUUGCAGUGCUGUGGUGUUGACAGCUACAACGAUUUCCUCCGGAAUAGCAUGGCUAUCCCAGGAAGUUGCUGCGGUAAAAAUGCGUCCGAUAACUGCAGUACAGUAGACGCUUACAAGACAGGUUGCGUGUCGGCGCUGCAGGAUCUCUUUAAGAAAGCUCUUACGAUAUUGGGCGGUGUCGCACUGGGUAUUGCUGCUGCGGAGUUGAUUGGCAUUAUCUUCGCUCUGUGCCUAGCGAAUUCCAUAAAGAACGCCGAACGCAGAGGUUACAGUGUGUAAAAGUGGAGCAUUGCGAAAGACGCCGCUUCGCGCGCGCGGAAGGCUUUCAACACGCAACAACAAUCUUACCUUCAUCUACUGUCAACAUGUUUCGCCUAUAAGAUGUGAUAAAAAACUUGCGCUUUACAACGGGAUUAUAAUAAAUUAAAUUUCUCGUUUCUUUUUUCUAAGCGGAAUGAAGCAGAGUAUCUCCUUAUGUUUUCUUUUCCGGUAUCUUUGCGUCAUUAAUUUCUUUGCAGUCGAAAUUAAAGUAAAAACAUAAUAUUUUUUUUCUAUAAAAUGACGCAUGUUUGUUCUUUGAUUAAGAGAAUUGAAAAGAGUUCGGCGUCAUCGACCUGACAAUGAGUAUUACCGUAACUUCUGUCGGGUCUCGGACCACAUUUUCUUUUUUCUUUGUGGAAAUAACUCCUUUUUUAUACAAUUAUACAUGUACAUAUAUUUUGAUACGGUACCGCUUUGACUCACAUUUAUAUACCUGUUCUACAUAAAAGUUCAAAAAUAUAAAAAAAUCUUUGACAUAAUUGUUUAAUAUGCAUAAUAUGUUAGGAUUGCCUCGUGCAAUCGUUAGUUUGCAAAUGAAACUAAUUCAAGUACCUUCGUGGGGAAAACAGAUGAGUUAUAGUAUUUUAUAAAGUUAAUGUUACAAAGAUAUUUUUUCACACGAAGAGCUACACAAUCGUACCUGCGAAGACAUCACAUCGCUUAAAAACACGAAAUUCUCGUAUGUAUCUUUAUAUAAAAAUUCACUUUGUUUGUACAGCACAACGGUACAGAUAUUGUGAUUUACAAAUAUAUACAUAUAUAUAUUUUGUCUUAUAAUAAAAAAUACUUAAAGAAAUCCCGUCGUCGUGCCCACGGGCGACAAACUAGUUGAUGCUAGUUUGCAAUAUUUCUUCUUAGGCUCGACCACGAUAAAACGUACAAAAGGCACGGCACGAGAAAAUAUGUAUGCGAUUAAUAAUCCAAAGUUGCAAUUUUACUUGUCGUUUAAUGCGCGAAAUUACCAUCGUUGCUGCUACCGCCGCUGCUGCUGUCGCUGCUGCUGCCGUUGCUGCGAGAUGAAAUUAUGUAUGUCCAGGUUUUUGUAUUCAUAAAAUAAAUGUAGACAAACGAGAA